AUGCAUCAUCAUCAUCCUAGAGAAAUGCAUCAUCAUCCUAGAGAGAUGCAGCAUCAUCAUCCUGGAGAGAUGCAGCAUCAUCAUCCUAGAGAGAUACAGCAUCAUCAUCCUAGAGAGAUGCAGCAUCAUCAUCCUGGAGAGAUGCAUCAUCAUCCUAGAGAGAUACAGCAUCAUCAUCAUCCUAGAGAGAUUCAGGAGCAUCAUCCUAGAGAGAUUCAGGAGCAUCAUCCUAGAGAGAUGCAUCAUCAUCCUAGAGAGAUGCAGGAGCAUCAUCCUAGAGAGAUGCAGCAUCAUCAUCCUAGAGAGAUGCAGCAGCAGCAUCCUAGAGAGAUGCAUCAUCAUCCUAGAGAGAUGCAGCAGCAGCAUCCUAGAGAGAUGCAGCAUCAUCAUCUUGGAGAGAUGCUUGACGGUUGCUGGAGAUAA